GGAAUGGGCGGGGCUAUUUAUCCAGCAGUCAGGGCUGUUGUGUUGUGUCUGGUGAUCUCCGCUCCUCUGCAGUAAGACGCUUCUUCUUCUGAAUGACCCCCAAGGAUGGACAAGCACAGGAAUGAGAUCACUAAGAGAAUAUUACACUUCACCUUGGAGAUCCUCCACCUGCUGACCGGAGAGGAUUACACCAGAGUGAAGAAGACAUGGGGGGAGUGUGUGGCCCCCAAAAGCCAUCUCCAUGAGUCAGGAGGACAGAGCAGGGCCCGGAGCCCCAUCACGGAGCCUCCACCUCUCUCACUGAUACAUGAGGAGAAGAUCCUAGAACUCACCUACAGGAUCACUGAGCUGCUGACUGGAGAGGUUCCUAUAAGGUGUCAGGAUGUGGCGGUCUAUUUCUCCAUGGAGGAGUGGGAGUAUGUAGAAGGACACAAGGAUCUGUACCAGGACAUAGUCAUGAUGGAGGAUCACCGGCCCCUCACAUCACAAGAUGGAGUCAUUGAUAGAAAUCCACCCGAGAGGUGUCCCCGCCCUCUGUAUUCCCAGGACUGUCCAGAGGGAAAUGUUCCAGACAAGCAUCAGGGGGGAGAUCUGACUAAUAAUAAAGUGGAGGAUGAAGAAGAGAGGAUGAGGGGCCAUCACCCUUGUAUGAGGGAAGUGAAGGAGGAAAUUCCAGGAGGUGUUACCCCAGAUGGAGUCAUUGAUAGAAAUCCACCCGAGAGGUGUCCCCGCCCUCUGUAUUCCCAGGACUGUCCAGAGGGAAAUGUCCCAGAGAAGCAUCAGGGUAAAAAUCUGAUUGAUAUCAAGGUCGAGGAUAAGGAAGAAGAGGAGACGGAUUUCUGGGCCGAUCAGCAGUAUGGAGUCAUUGAUAGAAAUCCACCCGAGAGGUGUCCCCGCCCUCUGUAUUCCCAGGACUGUCCAGAGGGAAAUGUCUCAGAGAAGCAUCAGGGUAGAAUCCUUACUAUUAUUAAAGUGGAGGAUGAAGCCGAAGAAGAAUGGAUGCUAAGUAGGGGCGAUCAUCCGUGUAUGAGGGAAGUGAAGGAGGAAAUUCCAGGAGGUGUCGUCCCAGAAAACCCCAGUAUGAGCUCCGAGGGAAACUUCAUGUUAUCCCUAAUAACUAAAGAUGAAGAUAUGAUGGAGCGCUCCUCAGGAGAAGACCUCCUUACCCCUAAUGUCCAUCCAGAUCUAUCCUAUAAUAAUCCACCUGAUCAUGAGGAACCUUCUCCUGACCAACCACACAUUGUUACCACAAGGACAGAUCAUUUCAUUGAUGAAAGCGGAAGAGAUCUUUUUACACACAGGAAAAGUCAAGCAGGAGAGAAGCCGUAUUCAUGUUCAGAAUGUGGAAAAUGCUUCACAUAUAGAUCGAAGCUCAUUUUACACGAGAGAAUUCACACAGGAGAAAAGCCGUACUCCUGUUCAGAAUGUGGGAAAUGUUUCAUACAGAAAUCUCAACUUGUCACACACGCGAGAACUCACACAGGAGUGAAGCCAUAUUCAUGUGGAGAAUGUGGGAAAAGUUUUACAGAUAAAUCAGAUCUAGUCAGACACGAGAGAAUUCACACAGGAGAAAAGCCGUAUUCAUGUGCAGAAUGUGGGAAAUGUUUUAUACAGAAAUCAACUCUUGCUGCACAUGAGAGAAUUCAUGCAGGAGGAAAGCUAUUCUCGUGCGUAGAAUGUGGGAAAUGUUUUAAAGAUAAAUUGAGUCUUGUUAUACAUAGGCAAAGCCACACAGGGGAGACAGAAUAUCCAUGUUCGCAGUGUGGCAAAUGUUUUAUACACAAAGCACAUCUUAUUAUACAUAAGAGAAGUCACACAGGAGAGAAGCCGUAUUCAUGUUCGGAAUGCGGGAAAUGUUUUACAAUUAGAUCAGAUCUUAUUAUACAUGAGAGGAGUCACACAGGAGAGAAGCCGUAUUCUUGUUUGCCUUGUGGGAAAUGUUUUAUAAGCAAAUCCAAUCUUAUUAGGCACGAGAGAAGUCAUGCAGGAGAGAAGCCUUAUUCAUGUUCGGAAUGUGGGAAAUGUUUUACCAGGAAGUCGAGUCUCGAUAGACACGAGAGAAAUCACAGAGGAGACAAGCCACAUACAUGUUCACUAUGUCCGAAACGUUAUACAGAAAGAUCUCUUCUCGAGAAGCACCUGAAAACCCAUGCAAGGACAGCUACACCGGAUAAUCAAUCAUCUUUACAGCAGCUACACCGGAUAAUCAAUCAUCUUUACCAUAAGGAUCUGUGGAACAUUCUACCUGAGGAACUGACCAUAGUGAAGAAGACAUGGGGGGAGUGUGUGGCCCCCAGCAGCCAUCUCCAUGAGUCAGGAGGACGGAGCAGGGCCCGGGGCCCCAUCACGGAGACUCCACCUCACUCACUGAUACAUGAGGAGAAGAUCCUAGAACUCAUCCACAGGAUCACUGAGCUGCUGACUAGACAGGUUCCUAUAAGGUGUCAGGAUGUGGCGGUCUAUUUCUCCAUGGAGGAGUGGGAGUAUGUAGAAGGACACAAGGAUCUGUACCAGGACAUUAUGGAGGAUCACCGGCCCCUCACAUCACAAGAUGGAGUCAUUGAUAGAAAUCCACCCGAGAGGUGUCCCCGUCCUCUGUAUUCCCAGGACUGUCCUGAGGGAAAUGUCCCAGAGAACCAUCAGGGUGAAAAUCUGACUAAUAUAAAGGUUGAGGUAAAAGAUGAACCAGAAGAGGAGACGGAUUUCGGGGCCGAUCAGCAGUAUGGAGUCAUUGAUAGAAAUCCACCCGAGAGGUGUCCCCGCCAUCUGUAUUCCCAGGACUGUCCAGAGGGAAAUGUCCCAGAGAAGCAUCAGGGGGGAGAUCUGACUAAUAAUAAAGUGGAGGAUGAAGAAGAGAGGAUGAGGGGCCAUCACCCGUGUAUGAGGGACGUGAAGGAGGAAAUUCCAGGAGGUGUUACCCCAGAAAAUCCCAGUAAGAAUUCUGAGGGAAACUUCAUGUUAUUCCUGAAUGAUAAAGGAGAAGAUGAAGAUAUGAUGGAGCGCUCCUCAGGAGAAGACCUCCUUACCCCUAAUGUCCAUCCAGAUCUAUCCUGUAAUAAUCCACCUGAUCAUGGGGAACCUUCUCCUGACCAACCACACAUUGUUACCACAAGGACAGAUCAGAAAGGAGGGAAAAAGUUUCAAUGUGAUGAAUGUGGGAAAGAGUUUACAAAAAGUUCAAAUCUUUUUACACACAGAAGAAUUCAUACAGGAGAGAAGCCAUAUUCAUGUGCAGAAUGUGGAAAAUGUUUCACGCACAAACCAUAUCUUGUUACACAUGAGAGAAUUCACACUGGAGAGAAGCCGUAUUCAUGUUCAGAAUGUGGGAAAUGUUUCGCAUAUAAAUCGUAUCUUGUUACUCAUGAGAGAAUACACACAGGAGAGAAGCCGUAUUCAUGCUCAGAAUGUGGGAAAUGUUUUACAGAUAAAUCAAGUCUUGUUACACACGAGAGAAUUCACAAAGGCGAGAAGCCAUAUUCAUGUUCAGAAUGUGGGAAAUGUUUUACAUAUAAAUCAAGUCUUGUUACACAUGAGAGAAAUCAUACUGGGGAAAGGCCGUACUCCUGUUCACAAUGCGAUAAAUGUUUUACAAGUAGUUCCCAGCUGGUUUCACAUGAGAGAACCCAUAACGGAGAGAAGCCGUAUUCAUGUUCAGAAUGUGGGAAAUGUUUUAUAAAUCAGUCAGGUCUUGUUCGACAUGAGAGAAGUCACACAGGAGAGAAGCCGUAUUCAUGUUCAGAAUGUGGCAAAUUUUUUACACACAAAUCCUAUCUUGUUAUACAUAAGAGAACUCACUCAGGAGAGAAACCAUAUUCGUGUUCAGAAUGUGGGAAAUGUUUUACAAAUAAAUCAAGCCUGGUUACACACGAGAGAAGUCACACAGGAGCAAAACCGUAUUCAUGUUCAGAAUGUGGAAAAUGUUUUACAAAUAAGCAAAGCUUUGUUACGCAUGAAAGAAUUCACUCGGGAGAGAAACCGUAUUCGUGUUCGGAAUGUGGGAAAUGUUUUACAAACAAAUCAAGUCUUGUUAAACAUGAAAGGAUUCACACAAGAGACAAGCCAACUUUGUGUUCAUAAUGUGGGAAAUGUUUUAUUACUUAAGUCCUACUAAGGAAUCAUCAGGGGGUUUCAGACCCCGACCAAGCAAA